AUGGAACUACAAUAUGUUUCUCUGGGACUACAUUCGUGCAUUUUAGUGUUGAUGUUAUCUGGCUUUGCAAACUCAGACAUAGCCAAGGACAGAGAAGAAUGUGCAAACCAAUUAGUGGCGCUGGCCACUUGUCUUCCUUACGUUGGUGGUGAUUCCAAAGCCCCAACCCCAGAUUGCUGCACUGGCCUCCAACAAGUCUUGCAGAAGAGCAAGAAAUGUCUCUGCAUCUUGGUCAAGGACCGAAAUGAUCCUAGCCUUGGCCUUAAGAUCAAUGCUACUCGUGCUUUAAGUCUUCCUGAUCAGUGUCAUGCUCCAGCUAACAUAUCCGGCUGCCCUG